AUGGGCUCCAAUUACACUGAGACAGGAAGGACUCCUUUGGACACCAGAGAGAGUUCACUAGGUGAAAGAAGAAUGUCAACAAGACCUCCUCAUCCAUCUUUUCAUGGUGGUGGAGAGGAAGCAGCAGCUGUAGAAGCAGAUCAGGGUCCAGUGUGUUUUGAAGAUGUAGCCGUGCAUUUCACGGAGGAGGAGUGGGCGUUGUUGGAUCCUGACCAGAGAGUGUUGCAUAAGGAAGUCAUGGAGGAGAAUCAUGGGAAUGUGGCCUCCCUCGGUGGUGAUGAAUUGGAAAUGAAGAACAGGGGAGACCAGCACAAAAUCCACACAGUGGAGAAACCAUCUAAAUAUUUGCAGUGUGGAGAGAGCUCUGUCACCCUUUCCACUUCCUAUCAAAGAAAUCCUAUUGGGAUGAAACUAUAUCAGUGUUUGGAAUGUGGAAAGAGGUUCACCCGGAAGGAAAGUCUCACUGUCCAUCAGAGAAUUCAUACAUUAGAGAAACCCUAUCAGUGCUUGGAAUGUGGAAAGAGCUUCAACAGGAAGUACAGUCUCACUUCCCAUCAAAGAAUUCAUACUGGGGAGAAACCAUAUCAGUGCUUAGAAUGUGGAAAGAGAUUCACCCAGAAGGAAAGCCUCACCACCCAUCAGAGUAUUCAUACAGGGGAGAAACCAUUUCAAUGUCAAGAGUGUGGAAAGAGUUUCAUUUGGAAGGAAAGUCUCACUUCCCAUCAAAGAAUUCAUAAAGGGGCGAAGCCAUAUCAUUGUUUGGAAUGUGGAAAGAGGUUUAGUGAAAAGGACACACUUAGAGCCCAUCAAAGAAUUCAUACAGGAGAGAAGCCAUAUCAGUGCUUAGAAUGUGGAAAAAGAUUCAGUCAGCGCUCCAAUCUCACUUCCCAUCAAAGAAUCCAUACAGGGGAGAAACCAUAUCAGUGCUUGAAAUGUGGAAAGAGCUUCAACCGAAAGGGAAGUCUCAAUGCCCAUCAAAGAAUUCAUACACUGGAGAAACCAUUUCACUGUCAAGAGUGUGGAAAGAGCUUCAGUUGGAAGACAAAUCUCACUUCCCAUGAAAGAAUUCAUACAGGGGAGAAACCAUAUAAGUGCUUGAAAUGUGGAAAGAGCUUCUCCCGCAAGGAAAGUCUAAUUUUCCAUCUAAUAAUUCAUACAGGGGAGAAACCCUACCAGUGUUUGGAAUGUGGCAAGAGCUUCAGUCAAAAGGGCAAUCUCACCUUCCAUCAAAGAAUCCAUACAGGGGAGAAACCCUAUCAAUGUUUGGAGUGUGGCAAGAGCUUCACCCACAAGCAAAGUCUCAAUUCACAUCAAAAUAUUCAUACAGGGCAGAAGCCAUAUCAGUGCCCCAAAUGUGGAAAGCGAUUUGGUCGGAGAUCCUAUCUCGCUUCACACCAAAUAAUUCAUACAGGGGAGAAACCAUAUCAGUGCCUCGAAUGUGAGAAGAGCUUCAAUCAGAGCUCUCGUCUCACAUCCCAUCAAAGAAGUCAUACAGGGGAGAAACCUUUUCAAUGCUUUGAAUGUGGAAAGAGCUUCAUUCACAAGGCCAGUCUCACUUCACAUCAAAUAAUUCAUACAGGGAAACCAUAUCAGUGUUCGGAAUGUGGAAAGAGCUUCAAUCAGAGCUCUCAUUUCACAUCCCAUCAAAGAACUCAUACAGGGGAGAAACCUUUUCAAUGCUUCAAAUGUGGAAAGAGCUUCAUUCACAAGGCCAGUCUCACUUCCCAUCAAAUAAUUCAUACAGAGGAGAAACCAUAUCAGUGCUUGGAAUGUGGAAAGAACUUCAGUUAUAGCUCUGGUCUCACAUCCCACCAAAGAAUUCAUACAGGGGAGAAAUCCUAUCAGUGCUCCAAAUGUGGAAGGAGCUUCAGUAGAAAGGACCAUCUCAUUUCCCAUCAAAGAAUUCAUACAGGGGAGAAACCCUUCCAGUGCUCUGAAUGUAGAAAAAGCUUCAGGCACAGCAAUACUCUCACUUCCCAUCAAAGAAUCCAUACAGCAAGAAACCAUAACAGUGCUUGGAAUGUGGAAAGAGCUUCAGAGGGCCAACCUCACUUUCCAUCCAAGAACUCAAAGCAAGGAGAAUAGUUGAAUUGCGGAAUCAUAGUGUUGGAAGGUACUUUGAGGGUCAUGUAGACUAACUCUCUGCAAUGCAGGAAGCU